UAUUUACUUCUAUAUUGGGUUCUCGAAUUUUCAAUUCAAUAUUAACAAAUAUUUACAUCAUUGUAUCUGGAUUUUUUUGGCGUAUAAUCAUAUUUGUAUGCUUCAACUAUGAUUUCUAAUCGAAAUAUUGGCAAGAUAGCAGCUUUUUUUACAAUAAACGAGCAUGUCUCAACAAAAAUGCUCAAAUUCGUUUUUCGGAAUUUUCUUCAGCCCGACAAUGUUAAGACCGUGAAGUUAGCCGCGCAUAUUGCUUUCCCACAUUAUACAGAACAGACCAGCAUGUACAGACCAGCAGGACUACGGGUGUAACGGGUGCGAUUGUGCGAUUUCCUUUUUUUUAAUAUAUAAUUUUUUUUAUUUACGAAUUAAAGUUUCCAAUCACAAGUGUAGUAUGGCAUCUUCUCAGAUGUAUAAUUUAUAUACGACUGAUGAGGCAAUGGAGGAGUUAGAGGAUCGUGAUCCAACCACGUAAGUAUUUUAAGGUUAUUUUAUAACCAUUGUUGUCGGUAUUGUUGAAUAUAUGUAAAUAAUUUUCUAAUAAUAAUAUUUGCAGAAUCAUUGUGGGAUACGUUGAUGCUAUUAUGGCUCCUGGCCCAGCUGGCCCAAAGCAAGAUAUUUUAUUUAAAUUUAUUUUGUCAAAUGGCAAAAAAAGAAUUCCAAUCCUCAUAUGGGAUGAGCUUCUGAUUACAAAGUAUUGCAAAGAGAUCUGUUCCAAUAGAGUAGUUGAUAUAAAUGGUGGUUACUGCCGAGCAGUUAAUAGAAACCUGAAAGAUGAUUUAGUUCCAUAUGAGAUAAUUAUAAAAGAAAACACUCAAUUGUCUUUCUUGGGAUUUCACUCGUUAUCAGGUUUAAAGAAAAAUGAAGUCCAAAAGUCAACUUUUGAUACCAUACAUACCCUUGGUGGAUUAAUUGAAAUUUCUAGUUAUAUACGUACAAAAUUCUACUUAAAUCACAACCGAAGUGGACAGAUGACUUAUGGCUUAGGAGCGAUUACAGAUGGGGUUAAGAAGAUAACAAUUCAAGUGAAGCAGUUUGUGGAGAGUCAAUUGGAAAUGGGUGAUUAUGUGACUGUGACAGGAACUGUGCAAGGACAAGAUACCCUUGUCACAGUUUUUUGUAACAGUAUGAAUGAUAUAACAUAUCAUCCGGAUACAAAAGUAUUAUCAGCAGAAGAAUUGAAGCGUGGUUGUAGACCAGUUAAAAGAAUCCGUACACUUGAAUAGGCAUGUUGAUUUUUUUACAUUUUCUAUCUUUUUACGUACAGUUGGUUUCACUUUUUUUGACUAUUCACAAAUAUUGCGAUAAUUAAAAGUAUUUAGUUCAUAAAGCUUCAUAAAACUUAACAAUAUUCAAUGUUGAUUACGUGAUAAAUGAAAGUCCAUUAAAAUACCAAGAGAUUAAGCAUUAAGCUAUAAUUACAAAACUUUGAUAUAACUAAUAUAGUAUUUGACCAUUUAAGAUUUCCUUGUGUUCAACAAG